ACACGACUUGCUCCAAAGAGCCGAGCAAAAUAUAAGAUGAAAACGACGAGGGAGAUGGAGCCUAAAUAACGUAAAACACUGAGCUUAAAACGUCUUGGUCAUUUCUCCAAACAGUCAUAAUGGACGAAUCAAAUCUGGAUCCCUUCAGCGAAGAGAAGGCGGAGAGAAAAUUUUUGGAAUCAAAGCCAACAUGUUUCAUAAUGAUCGGAAAACCGGGCUCUGGAAAGACCACACUGGCAAAGAAACUGGCACAGGCCUGGAAAUGUGAAUUUAUCAAUGGCACUGAAGUGGUUAACAUGGCAAUUGAAAUGCAGACAGAACUUGGAGUCAAGGCUCAAGAGAUCCUUCUGAGAGGUGAAGCCAUUCCAGAAGAGCUUGUCACCAAGCUACUGAUAGAAAAGGUGUACUCACCAGAGACUGCACACCAUGGAUAUAUUUUAGAUGGCUUCCCCUCGCUGAAUGAAGACUGGCUGUCUUUAGCAGACCAACUGGAACUAGUCAAGAAUCUCCCCAUGACACCUGACUUCAUUAUCAACCUAAAGAUUCCGGAUAAAGACCUUGAAGUACGGAGAUUAACUCAAAAGCUGGACCCACUGACUGGUCAGAUAUAUACCAAGGCAGAGUACGCCCCUGAAAACCCACCACCACUACUUGGGGAAGACGAAGGAGGGGAAGAAGAGGAAGAAGGCGGGGAUGAAGAAGAUGAAGAGGAGGAAGAAGAGGUGGACGAAGAAUACCCUGAGGAUGAGGAAAGAGAGGAGAUCAGUCCCGAGCUUCUGUUACGAUUAGCGACUCGACCAGAGGACCUUCCACAGAACGUCACAGCCAGCAUCAAACACUACAGGGAGAUGGUUCUCAGAACACUGGAGGACUACAUGGCUGAUCACGACCAGCAGAAGGUCAUAGAACUGGAUGCGAACGAACCUCCGAGAGUGCUUUUUAAGAAUCUCAUGAUGAAGUUGAACACCUUCGUGUUAAACCGCGCUCUCGUCCCGCUACGACUUCAAGGUGGCGAAGACGCCGAAGAGAUCUCUGAUGAUACAGACACGGAUGACCUACUACGCACGCUCGCAGCGACAGAGAUGACUGCACCGAAGUUCCGUUGGCGUCGCAGCAAAUGGGGCCGCAUAUGUCCUGUUGGCUUGAAGGAUGGCAAUGUGUUACAAGGAGUCGCACAGUUUUCAGUCAGCUUCCUAGACAAGUUGUACAUCAUGUCAUCCAGCGAAUCACUGGCGGAGUUCAUGCGUAACCCAAGACCUUACCUCGCCCCACACCUCCCACGGCCACCCUGCAAAGUGUGUGUCCUUGGGCCACCCCACUCUGGCAAAACACUGGUUGCUAAGCAACUGGCUGAACGCUACAAUGCCAAAGUUUUGGACGUUGACGAGCUGAUCAAGCCUCGACGUGAUGCCGCAAAGAAAAAGAUGCUUGACGAAACACGUGACGAGGCAAUUUCGUCAGCGAUAUCUAAAGUGACAGCUGCUAGGCAACAGGAACAGGCGGAGGACGAAGAGAAAGGGAGCGCAGAGAAAACAGCAGAAGAAGAAGAAGAAAAAGGAAGCGAGGAGGAGAAAGCCGAGGAAGAAACCAAGCAUGAGAACGAGGGUGAGGGCGAAGGGGAAGAGAGGAACUCAGAAGAGAAGGAAGAAGGCGAGAAAGACGAAGAAAAAGGUAAAGAAGAAGAGGACCAAGAUGUCGAGAGUAAAGCAGACAGCGGCGAGUCAACCACCGCCCCUGAGGAGGUCCCGGUCGAGGAACCCAAGAAGGUUGAGAUCCCCAUCGAUGCUAGCCACCCGGAGGUUGUUAAAAUGGUCGAACAAGUCAUGGUUGAUGCAGAGAAGAAAGAGCCUGAGCUGGCACCUGAGGAGUAUGUGUCGGUGCUUGAGGAGGCGAUACAGGCGCGUUGCGAGGAGCUAAUCAAGAUGAGAGAGCAUGACCCAAAUGGUCCAAGUUUCGGUGGAUACGUAAUCGAUAACUUCCCGCGAUCUCGCGAGCAGUUCUCGGCGAUGGUGGAGCGCGGUAUUAUCCCGGAUGACGUAGUGAUCUUGCGUGACGAGAGUGACAAUGGCGAGUUUCUACUGAAGCGCUGGUACGCUAACAACAAGGAAGAAUUGCACAAGGUCUGGGAAGCGAGGCGAGCUGAGCUUCGGGCGAAGUUGGAAGCUGAGCGCCUGGAGAAGGAGCGACUUGAGCGUGAGGAGGCAGAGCGUAAGGCUGAGGAAGAAGCCAUGCGGAAGGCAGAGGAGGAAGCGGCUAGGCUGGCUGCAGGGGAGGAGGAAGGUGAAGGAGGGGAAGCAGGCGAAGUGGCAGCAGCGGCGGACGAGGAAAGGAACCAGGAAGAAGCAGACAAUGCUAAAGAUGAAGAUGAAAAGGGCGAUGUGUCCUCGGAGGCAGCAUCCCCCGGCCCGAAGCCGUCAGAACUCAGCCGUCCUUCCGACGCAGAGCUAGCCCUCGAGGAACUACCGCUAGACAGAGACACACCACCUGAAACGCCAGAGACGGAAGCGUUCAAGCAGCUAAGGACUGGGUACGAGCGAGACUUCCCACAGCUAUUAGCCGUGAUCAAAGGGGCGAAUAACAUUGAACCAGUGAACAUCAGCGUAGAGAAAGAGAUAGAGGCGUUGCGCCAGGAGGUCAUCAAGAAGAUUGAAGCGCCGUAUAACUACCGCGGUUGGGAGUACACCGGAAUGGACCAGGACGAGGAGGAAGAGGACGCUGCGGAGGAAGAGGAAGAAGAAGAAGAAGAGGACGAGGGCCCUUUCAACCGCGAGCGUAAGAAGAUCUUUGGCGACACCAAGCACUACUGCCCUGUCAUGCUCAAGGAGAAGAACGUCCUCUGUCCGGGCAUGACUGAUUGUGCGGCUAAAUACAGAGAACGGACCUACUUCUUUUCAUCCCUCGAGGCGCGUGGGCAGUUUCUAGAGAACCCGGAGGCUUAUCUACCGGACAACCAGGCGCUAAAGCCGCCACCCAUUCGCCUCAUGAUCGUCGGACCCAAAGGCGCCGGGAAGACCCUACAUGGCCGCGAACUGGCACGAAAACUUGGUCUUUUUCACAUCUCGUUCAGGGAACGUCUUCAAGAGCUUAUCAUCGCUAAGACAAAGAAGAAGAUCGGACCGGAGUACGAUGACGAAGAGGAGGAGGAGGGCGACCAGGCGAUUACGGCGCCCGAGGGACUCGAAGGGACUGUAGAUAACGGUGCUUCCGAAAGUAACGGCAAGUCUUCAGAAGAUGGCGAGGAAGGAGGAGAGGGUGAGGAAGGAGCUGAGAAGGAACCGGAAGCGGAACUGACGGAAGACGAGGAGAACAUCAAGUCCUACCUCAUGGAUGGUGAGCAACUCCCCAACGAGACGCUCGAGAAGAUCCUGACUUCUUGGUGGCAUGAAGACCCCUUCAAGAAAACUGGUUUUAUCCUGGAGGGUUUCCCAAGCUCGGAGUCCGAGGCCCGGUUUUUGGCCAGUUCAGGACUAUUUCCGGACGCUACGGUGCUGUUGGCCGUGGAGGACACGCACAUCGCGGACCGGCUGCUGCCGCCACUGCUUGACAAAUGGAGAAAGAAGAGGGACAAGAGAGUGGCGGAAAAAGAACGAGUCAAGGCUGCCGCUCGCAAACAAAAGGAAGAGGAGAGAGCCCGUCGUCGGGAGGAAAAGCUCGCUGAAUUCGCUGCCAGAAGAGCGGAAAGAGCGGCCCGCAUGGCAGCACGUGACAGUGACGAUAGUGACGAAGAAGCAGCAGACGAGGAGGAGGAAGAGGAGGACAUUGAAACUGCCCUGGACGCGGAAUUCGAAGAGGAGGAAGAAGACAUGGACGAAGAAGAGGAAGAGAGCGAGGAAGACGCCACAGAACGCCUCAAGACAGAGAUCGGUGACCGCUAUGACGAGGAAACCGGUAGGCUAGCGGUCGUUCAGGAAACACUGGAAGAGCUUCUCAUCCCACGCCUCGAGAUCAAUGGUGGACGCAAACCUCGGAUAGUUCGAUACUGCAUCGAGAAGGCGCUCCGACCAGUUAUCGAUUACCGCGAGAGUCUGUUUGACAGGUGUUUUGCAAUCGAUAUGUUCUUGGCGAAUAAAAUGAUCGUUACUGGGUACAAGUUUCCGAGUCGCUUCGGCCGUUGGUGUCCUGUCAAGUUGAUGAGCGGGGAAGUGAUUCAGCCUCAAUAUGGGUCGGGCCUACCCGCCUACCCUGUAGUGUAUCGCCAGCACGUGUACUUCUGCUGUAGCGAGGAGGCGAGGGACGAGUUUGUGCUGUGCCCGGCAAAAUACCUCAAGCAGCCGUCGCCAAAACCUGUGGUCCCCAUCCGCAUAGCAAUCAUAGGACCACCCAAGUCAGGAAAAACCACACUGGCAAAGCGUUUUACGGCUGAGUAUGGUGUUGUGCGGUUAUCUAUCGGAGAGGCGAUACGCAAAGUACUCAACAACCAAUCACACACGGAGUUGGCACGACAGAUCAACUUGCACCUACGCGCCGGCAACACGGUCCCAGAUGAGCUAGCAGUACAGGCGCUAGAGAUAGCCCUCCUGAACAUGCACUGCCAAACAAGAGGCUUUGUUCUGGACGGGUACCCGCUGACCGCAAGGCAAGUUGAGCUCAUGACCGAGCGUAAGAUCAUCCCUGUCAAGGUCCUGGAACUCAGAGUCACAGAUGAGGAGGUCAUACGCAGAGGAAUAGCAGACAGAAAUGACCCUGCAAGGCUGCUCCCCCUUCACGACAGUCACCAGAUCCUCGCGAUCAGACUGAACUGCUGGCAGAAGGAGGUUGCGGCCGUGAGGGACUGGUACGAGCAUGAGCACCGGAACUGGUCCUUGCUAGAUGGUCAGCGGUCAAAGUGGAAGGUCUGGAACGAGGCUCUAGAAGAAGCAAGGCAGUCUGUGCGACAGAUCCAGAUCUAUUUGCACAGAAUAUCCUCAGGCAGGGCUGCCUCUAUCACAGACAUGUGUAUCACGCAGAAAGAGUUGUUGGCCCGUCUUGGCGACUUCUCUCAGUACUGCCCUGUCAGUCUCGCAGACAAAGGGGAGUUGGUGGAUUGCUCUAUUACUCCCUCCCUUGAGUUCGCCGCAGAGUUUCGCGGGCGCUAUUACAAGAUGGCCUCAAGGGCCGAACUUGAGAAGUUCCUCGCGGACCCUACACGAUAUGUUCCCCCGAAUGCACCUCGACCCUUGCCCUCACCGGAUAUGCUCCCUAAGAGAAGGUCGGCUGCUGACGUAAAGGCGAUGUUCCCUAUACAGAUAGAGCUACAGGGUUACUGUCCCGUCACUUUCUGGGACGGUAAACAAAGAUACGAGCACAUAGUCCCCGGAGACCCAGAGUUGGUUGUGGAGUAUCGCGGUAAGAUCUACUACUUGGAGUCGGAGAAGAAGCUUGACAAGUUUAUGAGGCUACCUGAACUCUACCAUGGACUCAAGCUUCCCAACAAACUACCGCCCAAGAAAGACCCGCUCUCCGUGUCGUCGCUCCCGAUGCUCGGUUAUAUGGAGCAGACCGUUUCAACCGCUAUCACUAAAGCGCUCACCGAGGUUGGCUGCGUCAAACCGAAGUACCCUUACCUAGACGCCAAGAGAUCCGCCUUACUCUACGUUGCAUACCAUCUCAAAGCGUACAACCCCAAAAGCAGCGAGUACGUGCGAAAGAAAUACAAGCAAAAACUUCAAAAAUUCGAGGAGCAAUGUGAACUAAUCAAAUACUUAGGACAGGAAAUGACGUCAUUGUAUCGUGAACCGGAAGAGAGACCGAUUGACUUUGACCACAAACUGACUAACUUCCUCGCUCUGAAGGGCUUGGAACCGAAUAUGACAUGGUGCGCUUAACUAGAGAUGAGUCUGGUUAUUAAUGCGCAUGAUCGGAACUAAAAUUGUCAUUUCUUCGCUGGUCUUGUUGGAAUAGUCAGUCAGUGUUGAGAUACGUAUUUAUGUUUCAUGUUAUGGUCGUUUCUAGGUUUGUUUAAACAGCUAUUUUUCCAUUUUUUAAUGAAAAAUAACGUCUGUAAAUAGGUAAGAAUUUCGUAUAGACGUGGUGGUAUUGUAAAUAACAGAAGAAUAAACUAUCGUUUGCUUAUAAA